AUACAAACGGUCGCACCCUGCUUACGUGUGGCCGCCAUUUUUCCAGCCGGCUACCAGGAACACGUUGUUGCAGAGAAGAAGUUUCCCACCCUAGGAUUUCUUUCGUAUUUGUCCUUGUUUUUAUUUCCCAAUAAAAUCAGAUAAUAGGAUCGGAGGAGGGCUUCUCAAGUCCUCCCAUAUCAGUCCUUCGACAUGGCUGAUAAAAACACCAGGAUUGCCAUUGUCAAUCAUGACAAGUGUAAACCUAAAAAAUGCCGACAGGAGUGCAAAAAAAGCUGCCCAGUCGUCCGUAUGGGUAAGCUGUGUAUUGAGGUGACACCACAGAGUAAGAUCGUGUGGAUCUCAGAGUCACUGUGCAUAGGCUGCGGCAUCUGCAUCAAGAAAUGUCCAUUCGGAGCUUUAUCAAUCGUCAACCUCCCGAGCAACCUGGAGAAGGAAACAACCCACAGAUAUUGUGCCAACUCCUUCAAAUUGCAUCGGUUGCCCAUUCCUCGGCCCGGUGAAGUUCUGGGACUGGUGGGAACCAAUGGUAUCGGCAAAUCCACAGCUCUCAAGAUUCUUGCUGGAAAACAGAAACCCAACCUGGGCAAGUUUGAUAACCCCCCUGACUGGCAGGAGAUCUUGACCUAUUUCCGAGGUUCAGAGCUGCAAAACUACUUCACAAAAAUCCUGGAGGAUGACCUGCGUGCCAUUGUGAAGCCGCAGUAUGUGGAUCAGAUCCCAAAGACCGUGAAGGGGUCAGUAGGAGCCAUUCUCACCAGGAAAGACGACACAGACUCACAGGAACUGGUCUGUGAACAGCUAGACCUGAGUCACCUGCGGGAGAGAAACGUGGCAGAUUUGUCCGGAGGAGAGCUCCAGCGCUUUGCUUGUGCCGUCGUCUGUAUCCAGAGAGCUGACAUUUUCAUGUUUGAUGAGCCAUCCAGUUAUCUGGACGUCAAACAGAGGCUGAAGGCCGCCAUCACCAUCCGUUCACUCAUCACACCCGACAGAUACAUCAUUGUGGUGGAACAUGACCUGAGUGUGUUGGAUUAUUUGUCUGACUUCAUCUGCUGCCUGUACGGAGUCCCCAGCGCUUAUGGAGUCGUCACCAUGCCCUUCAGCGUCAGAGAGGGUAUCAAUAUCUUCCUGGAUGGUUACGUUCCCACUGAGAACCUCAGGUUUCGUGAGACGUCAUUGGUCUUCAAAGUGGCUGAAACAGCCAACGAGGAGGAAGUGAAGCGACUCCGCCACUACCAGUAUCCAGAAAUGUCCAAAACGAUGGGCGAGUUCACACUUGAGAUCAAAGGAGGAGAGUUCACAGACUCUGAGAUCAUGGUGAUGCUGGGGGAGAACGGCACCGGGAAGACGACCUUCAUCAGGAUGUUGGCUGGUGGGCUCAAACCUGACGGAGGAGGUGAAAUUCCAAUUCUCAACGUGAGCUACAAGCCUCAGACCAUCAGCCCCAAGUUCAAGGGCAGCGUCCGAGCUCUGCUGCACGAAAAGAUCCGUGAUGCCUACACGCACCCUCAGUUCAUCACUGACGUCAUGAAACCCAUGCAGAUCGAGAGCAUCAUUGACCAGGAUGUCCAGAACUUGUCCGGUGGUGAGCUGCAGCGGGUGGCGCUCACCCUCUGUCUGGGCAAACCAGCAGACGUCUAUCUCAUCGAUGAACCCUCGGCCUACCUGGACUCGGAACAGCGUCUGAUGGCAGCGAGGGUCAUCAAGAGGUACAUCCUUCACGCGAAGAAGACAGCGUUCGUCGUGGAGCACGACUUCAUCAUGGCCACGUACCUCGCAGACAGGGUGAUUGUGUUCGACGGUAUUCCCUCCAAGAAGACGGCCGCCAACACUCCUCAGAGUCUGCUGGCGGGAAUGAACAGGUUUUUGUCUCUGCUGGAAAUCACCUUCAGGAGAGACCCCAACAACUUCAGACCACGCAUCAACAAGCUGAACUCCAUCAAGGACACGGAACAGAAGAAGAGUGGGAACUAUUUCUUCCUGGAUGACUGAUCUGCCUUUAAGUCCAAAGAUGUGUAUCAACGUCUGCGAGUGUUCAGGAGCCCUCGCUACAAACGAGCUGCAGCAGAUGUGAAGACAUCACUAUGGGGAAAUUCUGCCUUCAUGUACCAGCAAUGUUGUUAAACUUCAAAGUGUCAGUGUGAGCUGUGAUGAUGACCACACCACAGCCGCUUUGUGACUCAUUCAGCAUUGUGUUUUAACUUUCCAUGCAUUUACAAGAGAAAAAUAAAUGGACUCCUGAUCGUAACUGUUGUCC